AUGUGGACCCACUUAAAACGGCAUCACCCGGAGACCCACGCUACUGCUCUUAAAGAAAGGGAUGGAAACUCUACGGCUUCCAGACAGCCUACUGUUGGAGAAAUGUUUGAUGCACAACGGAAAUGGCCAAAUUCGGAUAACAGAUCCAAAAAGAUUGAUGUAGCAAUCAUGGAGAUGAUCGCCACUGACAACCAGCCCUUUACAGUUGCUGCAGAUGUCGGCUUUAAAAGGUUGAUGGCAAUGCUGGAGCCCAGAUAUUCUCUAAAAUCAGAAAAGUAUUAUCGCACUGUGGUUUUUCAAGAUGUCCACUCCAAGGUUGAAAAGAAAAUCAAAGAGUUACUCACCCUGGAAAACGCAGGCCCUCAUCUGUCAUUUACCACUGAUUGUUGGUCAGGAGAGACAGAAUCUUUGAUGAGUCUGACCUGCCAUUUCAUCGACAAAGAAUGGAAAAGGCAACAAAUUGUCCUUAAUGUCAAAGCAAUGCAUGGUUCGCACACAGGGGAAUACAUAAGCGAUGUGUUCCUCGGCCUACUAAAGUACUGGGACAUUGAUGUGGAGAGAGUCGUGUUGGUCCUCCGUGACAGUGGAGCAAACAUGAUUAAAGCAAUGAGGCUCGCUGAAGUUCCUGAUUUGAGCUGCAGUGCUCAUACUCUUCAACUGGUUGUUAAUGAUGGAAUUAACAGCCAGCGAGCUGUGGCAGACAUUGCUGCUAAAUUGAAAUCAUCAGCAACCCACUUCAACCAUUCAGUGCUGGCCAAACAGCGUUUGAGGGAGAUCCAAAAAGAGCUUGACCUUCCUCAGCACAGAAUCAUCCAGUCUGUUCCCACACGCUGGAACUCCACCCUGCAUAUGCUGGAGAGCAUGCUGGAGCAGAGGCGGGCACUCACUGUGUAUGCAGGGGAACAUGGGAAGAUAUCGGUCUUGACAGCAGAUCAGUGGACUCUUGUGGAUAAUUUGAUUGCCACAUUGAGCCCACUGGAACAAGUUACACUUGAAAUGAGUAGGUCCGACUCUACUAUUUCAUGUGUCAUUCCAUGCAUCACGGUGCUUAAGAUGUUGCUGGAAGCCGAAGGUCCCAAGACGAGGGGAAUCGGAACACUCCGCGACACUAUGCUGAAAAGCUUGAAGGGCCGAUUCGACAAGGCAGAAACAACAAGAUGCUUGGUCCUUGCCACAAUACUGGACCCUCGCUACAAGGGUCAUGCCUUGGCAACUGCCACAGUCACAAGUGCCAAGGACUGGAUUAAAGAAGAACAUCACAAUCUAAUUGAGGCUGAAAAGCAACACAGGGCUGCGUCAGAAGGCCAAGCCGAAGACCCAAAAAAGAGGAGAGUGGAGGAAGAAGAGGAAGUGGAGGAAGUCGCUGGUCCAUCUGACAUGUUGGAGAAAAUGUAUGCCAGCCUUCUUGCACAAGGAGGACCAACCCCGGGUGAAGCUGAUGAGGAAGAUGACCUGUUGUUCUCACAUCAGCUGGACCUGUACUUGAGAGAGCCAUUAAUUGACAGGCAGAGAGGCCAGCCACUUGAAUGGUGGAAACAAAAUUCGGUGCGACUGCCCCACCUGGCUAAACCUGCCAGAAAGUUUCUCAGCUCUCCCCCCUCCUCUGUGCCCAGCGAGAGGGUCUUCAGCGAGGUCAGCCACAUAUAUGAUAAGAAUAGGUCCAGACUGACAGGGGAACAUGCUGAGCGGCUCUGCUUCCUCCAUUACAAUCUACAGCUCCUUAACUGGGAUUAUUGA